UGCGUUUGAAUGCGUGUCUCCAGCUAGGCCAGAGAGUGAUGGCGGCGCCCGUCCUGAGAGUGUCCACCCCUCGGUGGGAAAGAAUAGCUCGGCUUCUUGUCUGUCUUUUGGGCAUCCUACUGUCUCUAUAUGCCUUUCACGUGGAGAGGGAAAAGGCUCGGGAUCCGAGUUACAAGGCUAUGUGCGACGUUAGCAGCUCCAUCAGCUGUUCAAAAGUGUUCAGCUCAAGGUGGGGUCGAGGAUUUGGACUCCUGGGCUCAAUUUUUGGAAGCGACAGCGCACUGAAUCAACCCAACAGUGUCUACGGGAUUGUCUUUUAUGCCUUUCAGCUUCUUCUAGGGAUGACUGUCAGUGCAAUGGCCGCCCUCAUUCUUAUGACAACUUCCAUCUUGUCGGUGGUGGGCUCGCUCUACCUGGGCUACAUCCUCUACUUUGUCCUAAAGGACUUCUGCAUCAUCUGCAUCACCACAUAUGCGCUGAACUUCAUUCUCUUUAUCCUCAACUACAAGCGACUGGUUUACUUGAACGAGGCCUGGAAGCAGCAGCUGCAGGCCAAGCAGGACUAAAGCUGUGGAGUGCGGCAAGAAAACUUCAAUAAACAAACAACAACAUAAAAAAAGAAAUGUGACCUCUGAACAUUUGACUUGCCACCAGGAGACCUUGCUUCCAAAACAAUGUUUAUUCUGCUGUGUGUUCAAAAAAAAAAGAUGAAGAAAUUUAACUUAAAUGUCGGGCCUGACAUCUCAAUGUUGCAAAACACGGAAGGAUUUGUAAGUGAAAGAUUUUCUUUUAAUUUCUUUUUUUCCUUGUUAAACAUUGUACUCACGUAAGGAAGGGGCUGGCUGUGUUUGUGUGUUAGUGUGGGUGAAUGUGAGCGCGUAUGAGGGGAAAGACAUCAAAACGAGCAAGCAGAGGCAGAAUCGACAAACAGAGCGAUGGAUGACAGCUCUGUUUUGAACAAAAAGGAUCGCAGAAUGGAUGAAAAACAAGACUUUAAAAGGGUUUACUUGAAAUGGUUAGAGAGGUCCUAAUACUGCACAGCGGAUCUGCACUAAAACCCACUAAGGGUCCCAAAAUUGGAAAAAACACUCAUUAGGUCAUCGUACACUUAGCAGAUGAGGCGAGGGCGGGGGAGCAAAAGGUUUAACAUUUAUACAGAUAGUUUGUUUCAUGUUUACACUUUGUAGUAUGUUUCUUUCUGAAGAGGACCACUAAAAGUAAACACAGGACAAUGUAAGAUGUCGUGCGUAGAUCAGUCCGAUUGUUUGUUUUGCAAUUCUGUAAAUAGCUGCUGAGCAAUAUUCCAGGCUAGAUUGUGACUUAGUGUUGACACAAACAAACUUUUAAAAGAAAAAAAACAAACAAAAAAAACUCCCCACCAAACAAUCUGGAACAAAAAAGAAGUGAUCAAGGUCACGGUUGGCAGACGACUCUGCAGACGAGCUCGUCCUGCAAACCUGGUCAGGCAUGCGGUUCGGAGUCGUGUGGAUUUCUUCGUUGUACGUGGUUACUGUUUCAUCUGAAACCACCGACACGUCUUUUAAACAGAACUAUGAGUUCUUCCCACCAUGUUUGCAUCGCAUCAAGGCACCCUCACUCUCUUUUUUUUCUUUGUGUGAAAAGCAUUCCUGACCACUCAAGUGGAAUCCAUACAGACUUAUGUGCCUAAAGGAGUGUUAAGGUGAAUUACCUUCCUUUUUUUUUUUUUUUUUUUUUUAACCGUAGGGGUGGGAUGGAGGGAGUUCCCUCAUGUUGACACCAGUUUUUGCUUGUUGUUUUAUCGUCACAGGUCCGAGGCUUUAUUUUUAUGAUCACAGUUUUGUAAAUUAAGAUACCAGUGAAGUGUUUCCCCCCUCCUUUAUAGAGUCUCUAGAGGUAGCAAAGGCUGCUACACUGUGAUUGUCUGCUCGAGGGCAGAGCGGCCUGGUGGCAGAAGCAUCUCCUAUCCGGCUGAUUCAGUUGCACAUCAUGUUUUUGUUCACUGUCCAGCCUGUAUACAUUUGAUGUCAACUGAACAGUAACGAUGAUCUUAUAAAGCUGAGUUGCUGUUCAUUUGCCGGGAUGUGAACAAAACUCUGAGAAUGUCUCACUUUGUUGACUGAAGCAAACAAGGUGCAAGAAAACAAAACGCCAAGCCAUAUGUGGAGUUUGUGGGAUUUUUGCCCAGUAGGGGAGAUUACCAGGCUGCUGCUGGCUCUAGACUGAUGAGCUGCAGACACUGCAGCUUUUUAUUGAGCAGCUGAUCUAGCAUAGCGAGAUUUGUAAACAGAUAGGUCACAGUAUCUGCCACAGUUCAGUUCAGCACCAAGUGACAGAGUAGAUCCACCGUUUCUCCUCCAUUAAGUAUCCUGCUGGAUGCAUGGUACACUGCUUUCUCCUGGCUUUAAACACACGUCAGCCAUCGGACAAUCUUACACUGUCAGAGUCGUAGUAAUAACUGUAAUCAUGUGAUUAAUCUGUGGUGUUGAACCAGCUUGUUAAUAGUUUCCAUCAUGGACAGUCUCCAUGUCCCUUCAUGUUUUACUGCAUUCAUCUUCUCCUUGACUUUUUUUUUUUGUUCGAGUAUUGAUGCUGGCAACUAUCAGGAAGGUCAUUUCAGUCAAGUACUUCCUGUUACAGCAUAUGAAGUCGUCUGUCAUGAAUGAAAACGGAAAUGAAGGUGAUACUGUUUGUUUUUCCCCAGGAUAUUGUCAAAGAGUUUUCUGUUAAAGCAUGUUUUAAUCAUUUACUGCCUUCAUCAUAUCAGCUGUUGCAUCAAUGACAUCCAUUUUCCAAAGCUCAACAGAUGUUUUCAUUGGGUUUUAAUAUAUCUGCAGACAUCUUCCAUUGAUUUCACUGGAGACACUUUAAGAAAACAGCACUUAAUCAGGCAUAAGCUACUCACUAUACCCAUGUAUUUCUCAUGGGUGUAGUUACAGCAGUACAUGCAUGUAAUGCAGCUCUGUGGCCUGCUGGCAACUUCAUAAUUGUUCUUACUGAUAAUCAAACAUAAAAGAGGGUACUUAACCCAAUUUAGCAUUGAAUGCUUAUAAAACUGAUACAAAAUUGCCCAGAAGUAUUGUCUGAACACAACUCAUCUCUCUUCUUUGUUGAAGCCUGGCUACACCAUUAACCUUAAGGCAGCUUAAGGCAAAGAUUAGUGUUUUUGUCUCAAAGAGGGCAACAAAGAUCAGUUACACACAAAUGUAAAACAGCACGUUGUGCUAUGCAAGCAUGCUGUUUUAUUGAACACAGCAAUGUUUUAUCAGGGAUGUACCUCACAAUACAAUAAAUAUAUUCAAGUUUUCAAAUUUCAACAAAUUUGCACACUUUAAAAUGACCUGUCAAAAAUAUUUAUUGCAAAAGUCUCUUUUUAUAUCCAGUGGAGGAUGUUAUUAUCUCUUGGCUUUACAAUUACAAAUAUGCCUGUUGGAUUAAACACAAAUUAUAAUUGCAUUUAGUCGACAAAUCUAAAGUCAAGACAACUCCCAGAAAACUGUCAAAAUUGAGCACAGAUUAAUUAAGGCAGAUCACAGCAAGAGUUGGUAAACUUUGUUAAGUUGGUUUACUGAGUGUAACUAACAUUAGCAGUGCUAGCACCAUCAAUCUGGAUCCCCUGGCAUGCUAAUGUCCAUGCACUGGCACUGAAUAUUGCUACUCAUGCUUACUCAGUGAAUCACAGUUGUGUGAAACUGCACUGUUCCUCUAAGAUGCUAUCGGUUCCUUCAGUACACGAUUGUUUACAUCAGGUUAAAGAGCAUGACAGUAAACAUUAACCUCCUGAUACCUGAGCUUUUGUUAAGAAUGCUAUUUUAGUUUCUUGCACUUAUUUUAGAUCAGUAGGCCCUGAUAAGUUUAAAAACUCAGCCUUUUCUUUAAAGAGGAAUUAGUUUUGACCAAACUGGGGUUUCUCCAGUCAGUCAGAAGUGGUGUCAGUCAAUUAGAGAGGUAAUGUGGAGUCAUUUUGAUGAUGGACCACAAGGCUUUCCUGGCCAGCUUCAACAAAAUUUACACUAAAAGUUCUGAAUUUCAUGGAAAAUUUUCCUUUCCAAAAUCCACACAAAUAUCCCAUAACUUAAAAUAAAUUAACUAAAAUUUCAGUGAAAAUUCUUAAACAUAUUUUUUUGUCCCAUGAAAAGUACCCCCAAAUGUCUUCAAAUAUUCAAGUGAAAUUUUAUCAUAAAGCUUCAACAUUCCAAUAAAAAAUUCCAAAUUCAUCCAUGUAAAUUCCUUAAUAGUUUCAAUCAAAUAUCCCAAUAUAUCAAAGACAGUUCCCCCUAAAAAUUCAUAUGAAUAUCCCAACUACUUCUAAAUACAUUCCUCAAAACAACAUCAGAAUGAUUCUCCCAAAAAUCCAAACAAAUACCCAUGGAAAUUCCAACCCUGCAUUCCCAAAUAAAUUUCCCAAAUUCCCAUGAAUAUGACAACUUCUCUCAAAAACCUUUAAUCAAAUCUACCAAAAUAUACAAACAUGCCCCCCAAAAUUUCCAUGAAAGUACUUGAAAAAUUCCAAAAAAAAUUCCCCAAAACAUAUAAAGAAAUUACCUAAAAUUUCAUUGAAAAUCCCUGAAAUUUUGCAUCAGAUCCUUUCAAGCAAACUAUUUUAACUUAUAAAGGAUAUUUUCAACAGUUAUCUUGAAUAUCCUUGUUGAUUGUUGCAGAAACUAUUACUGUGUUGACAGGAACUCAAAAAUGCAUUGAGACUUUGCCAUGACAAGCAAGUGAGGAUUUUGAGGUUUAGGUUGCACAAAUCUGCAUUGUUUUUAUGUGACUUUACAGCCUCAAAAUGGAAAGUAUUGCUGAUUAUUCAUUGAAAAAUAAGAUUAAUAGAUAUUUAGUAUAGAAUCCCUUAGCAGACACAUCCACAAAAACUAAACUUGUAUUUCUUGUCAUCUUGAGAUUACAUUACUUGUUUUCACUGGAAACCCAGUGUUUAUAAGGAAAUUAAAUAGCUGAAAUCUCAAAAAGGCAAUUGAAUUUAACUUGUUUUAAACAGAAAUAAAAUGUAUGGAUGCCUGUCCAUCAAGGCCUCUAUAAAUGUUGCAUUUUGUCCAAAACUGGCAUAAAAUCAUUUUAUAGAUUUUCUGUAAUCUCAUCCCCAUGUAAAAUUAGAAAAUGUCUCAAAAUGAUAACAAAAUUGGAUCAUAAACCCACUACCAUGACAAGUAUUGUGUGUAGAGGAUAUGGUUAUAUUCCUGGUAGCAACACAGCACUCCUGAUUGGGUAAACUUCCGGGACAUCCAUUAAACAAGAGAAAAUUUACCCAAAAAAUGUUGAAAAUUGAUCUUUGGUUGCACAGUACAUCUGCUGAGUCAAGAUCAAAACUUUGUACAUGGUUUUCGGAUAAAACAGGUUUACACAGCUUAUUUCAGAGCCACAGAAGGCCGUAAACAUCUGUCAUAACAAUACCAUGAAAAAACAUCUGUUUAGUUCCAAUUAGUGCAAGCUUCUACUCUAUGUAACGGAGUAUUCGUUUAUCAUGAACAGAGAGUUGUUGCUCCUGGAAAGAGCGCAUUUCUACACUUUGUUUUGCUUUGGAAAUGGUUCACAUUUAUGUUGAUAUGAAUGGUAGUAAACUGAUCAAACAUGCCAGCAUCAUUUUUACAAACUACAUGGUCCUCCACCAAAUGGUUUAAAUGUUUUCUAAACUUGUCUGAUCUUCAUCCUUCAGUGUUGCCUUGUUUGGCUAACAGGUUCAUCAUCUCAGAGCGAGUUCAACAAACAACCUUGGUUUUCUUUUAUUGUAAUAACCUGGACAUUUCCAUGCAAGAAAAGUCUAUGGAUUCACUUAGACAAGUCUUUUCUUUUUUAAUCUAGAGGUCAAACUGACACAACCUGCGAGUUACUGUGGCACAAACCAGUGUCGUGUGAAACUGACAAGUACAGAAGGUCACCUAUUAUUGCAUUCAUAGUUGUGUGCAACUUAUUAAAAAGAAAAAUGGGUAAGGAAUUUCAAAAAAGGGUCAAAAGAGUGAAACGUUUGGCUGUUAAAGGGUUAAAAUGUAAUGUGAAACGCUAAAACGAAGGUCAAGAUGAUCAAUACUGCAUUCUCAUCAAUCUUCAUUUAGACCUGGAGGUAUAACUGCCAUGUUAGUUGCAUCACAAAUGCCAACAAAAGUGCCUUCUGUUUGAUCACUAGGCCUUGAGCCAAAGACGAGCAACAGUAUUAGCCUUGUAAAACGAAGAAUAGUUACUGCAACAACCUGAACAUGUAAUGUGAUGAAUUGGUAAUCCCCAAAGAAUUGAUCUCCAGUAUCAGUGCAACAGUCCAUUCAGAAAUUUCCAGACAAAUUGCCCCGUCAAAUCACAGGCUGUUCCCUUCGUUCCUUCCUGACUUCAUUUAAUAAUGCUCAUCUUAAUUUUGUCUAGCUAGGACAUGUUUGUUAGCUAAGAAAACACUCUGUUUGAACUCUAUGAUUGUAAUGUUCUUUUUCAUCAUUAAUUAUGCCCUUUAGCUGUAUAGACUGUUAACAUUCUGGGUUAUUUUUAGUUUAAUAAAAGUUGAGGGGUUGGAGGGCUAGGAAUCCAUGUGUCAGCAUUAAAUGUUUAUUACAUUUCUUUGUGGAGGAAAACUUACUGGGUUUGCUUCUGUAUUGCCAAAUAUGUUUUAAAAUGCUGUAUUUUCUUACAUGGAAAAAGUGUUACAUGAAUGGUAGGAGGGUGCAAAAAAAUCUGUUCAAAUCCAGCUUACUUUAAGGGAAAACUGUGGAAAACGGUUGACAUGAGAACAUUUUUAAUUGUGUCAUUGUCAUGUGGAAAUGAUCUACCAUUAAAACAUUCCCU